AUGUUCGGCUUUCAUGCUCUACUCUUCCUGUCUGUCCAGGAUCUUGUCUCAUCCAAUCAUCGCCUCAGCAUGGUGAAUCUUGCCAUAAAGGACUCAGAUUGGCUGCAUUUGAGUGAUUGGGAAUGUAGACAGAAAGGUUGGAGUCGUACACGUUGUGUGGUUGAACAUUUUCAGGAACUAGUGGAUAAUCACCUGAUGAGUUCAGAGAGAGGAGGUGCAAGGAAAAGAGCCCGCAAGGAAUCAACUCCAGAAUGGUUAUCUGCCAUCACGGGUACUGAUCCUAUCACUGUCAAGUUGCUUUGUGGAGCAGACCUCUUGGAAUCUUUUGCAGUGCCUGACCUUUGGGCUGGAGAGGAUAUGGAGUUUCUUGUUGGAGAGCAUGGUUUGGUGGUUAUCACACGUGAAGGUUCCAACCCUGGCAGAUUCAUUUAUGAGUCUGACAUGCUCACCAAACAUCAGGGAAACAUUGAUAUUGUGACAGAGUGGGUCACAAAUGAAAUCAGUUCCACUAAGAUUCGUAGAGCUGCAAGAAGAAAUGAGAGCAUACGAUACUUGGUUCCGGAUGCUGUCCUCAGAUACAUUAGUCAUGAGGCAGAUGAACCCCCAGUCCAGGUGUUUUUGCAAGCUGAACUCCCAAGGCCCAAAGAAGCCCAAAGGAAAAAAGAACUUGAAGAUGUUGGCAGAAGUGAGGGAAGGAGAAGGAAGAAGGUGAGCUUUGCUCCAAAAAAAGAGGAGAAACAGCAUUCAGAUUGGGUCACUGCUCUUAGGCAUGCACCAGUCCUUUUUGCUGAGUUUGAGGUACAGGGAAAGUGCAAAAAAGAAUAA